GCAAACACGGAGUUGUACUUUGGAGUUAUGGCCCAAAGUGUUUCUGUUGGAUUUACGCUAAAAGUUAGGAUGGCACGAGUUUUUCUGUCUUUGCUGCUUUUGGACUUUCACCUUGGCUUGGCAGCCCCAAACAAUGUGCUCCUCUCUGAGAAGACAGCCGACAGCUUCCUCAAGAGACACAAACGUGAGAACACUGGGAGGUUCGAGGAGUUUCUGCCGGGAAACCUGGAAAGAGAAUGUAUAGAAGAGAAAUGUAACCUGGAAGAAGCCAGGGAGAUAUUUGAGAAUGAUGAAAAGACUAUGGCAUUUUGGUCAAGAUAUGUAGAUGGCAAUCAGUGUGCAUCGAGCCCAUGUCUGAACCAGGGGUCAUGCAAAGACCAUCUGGGCUACUACAUCUGCACAUGUGUGUCUGGCUUCACUGGCACAAACUGUGAGAUCGUCUUACAAAAAAGAUGUGACGUAAACAAUGGAGACUGCAAACACUUCUGUGGCACAAUAGGAAACUUUGGGGCAAAAUGCUUCUGCGCGACAGGAUAUGAGUUGAUGUCGGAUGGGGUCAGCUGUGAAGCAACAGUUGAAUUCCCCUGUGGGAAAACUGGACUAACCGUUGUGAAGCCAGUCAUAAGGUCUUUCUACAACCUUGGGCUUUCGGACCACCUGAACGCCACAUCUCCAACCAACAUGACUCUUACAGCAGCAGCCAGCACCACAGAGCCAGAUCUGGAUUCGUAUGACUAUGACGACUUUGGUCAGAAUCAGUCUCUUAGUGACCUGCUUUUAUGGGAAUCCAAUCACUCUGAAAACAUCUCUUUGGAGCCACAAAUACCUUUCAAACGUAUAGUUGGUGGGAGGUCAGCCGCUCCAGGAGAGAUUCCCUGGCAGGUACCGUUUAGACGCACAGAUAUCAGGAACAUUGUGGUAUCCUGCACAACAUUCUGUUUCUAUCCCCUAGUCUGUUCAUCAGUUUCAUUUUUCCAGGUUGGACUGAUAGCAAAACCCAGUGGUCAGUUAUUUUGUGGGGGCUCCAUCCUCUCAGAGCGUUGGGUCAUCACUGCUGCUCAUUGUCUGAAGGAGGCGUCCGGCUCCUUCUCAGUCAGAGUGGGGGAACAUAAUACUCAAAUCACGGAGGGCCGAGAGCAAGACUAUGAGGUGUUGGAGAAACACGCACAUCCACGCUACAACGCAACCUUAAACACGUACAACCACGACAUUGCCUUGCUCUACCUCAAAGACCCCAUCAGCUUCUCAGCAAUGGUCCGACCGAUCUGCAUCGGGCCCAUGGCUUUCAUCGAGGCCUUAAUGAAGCAACCUUCCCCGGCUACGGUGAGCGGCUGGGGCCGCACUCGCUUCCUGGGGUUCACUUCCAACAUUCUGCAGAAGAUUGAGGUUCCCUUCAUAGAUCAGACUGAGUGUAAAAAAAGCAGCAACGAAAGGAUCACUCCUGUCAUGUUCUGCGCUGGAUUCUACAAUGUGGCCAAAGACGCCUGUCAGGGCGACAGCGGAGGUCCUCACGCAAAGAGCUACCGGGACACUUGGUUCCUGACGGGGAUUGUGAGCUGGGGGGAGGAAUGUGCAAAAGAAGGGAAGUACGGCGUGUACACCCGGGUUUCUGUUUACUACAGCUGGAUAAAGUAUGUGAUGAGUGUAACUAAACGCAGGCUGGCUUCAGAUGUGGAAUACCCAGACUCAUGACUGUGCAUGGAUGUUGAUAUACAGCGCAGGCCACAUUUUUGGCACAUCGAUUAGCAAAUCACCUCAAAAUAAAUCAAUCUUUCAUUACAGCAGCAUAGGAUCACAUCAAGAAAGUGGAAGAAUCCAACUUAAAUUUCUUUCAGUGAGACAAGUAUGAGACGAACCAUUUUCAUAACUUUGCUGUUAAUACCAUACUACCAAAAAUUCUUUAUGAAAUACGAAAAGCACUUAGUCGUAUCCUAAAAUGUUCUUGCAUUCUUUUUUAUACUCUCUCUUUACAUCAUGUGUCUAACUUCAGUCCUCAACUUCUAAUGUCCUGCAUUGUUUUGAAUCAAACGGCUGGGUCACAAGCAGAACUUGGUAGAACCUGAUUGGUGAACAUUGGUUUAAUAUUCUACAGUCCUCUCUUUAGAUCACCUCUCAGGGUUUGUAACAGAUUCUGGACUGAGACGGUCUUGGAAGAAUAUUGAAUGCGUUUCUGGUCAAUCAUUUCUAUUGUGUGUUUUGGAGUAAGGACUUAAUAAUAGCUGAUGCUUCUUAAAAGUUUGUGAGACCAAUGUCAUGAACUCUAAAGGGCUCCCACAGAAGAGGUCCAUCGUACUUUUUAACGUAAUUGUCAUUUGCUUCACUCCACACCAGGGAUCUGCUACAGAAGAAGCUUUUUACAAAACUUUUAACAUUUCUCUUUAUUUUAAAAUCUUAAAAGAAAUAAAAAUGUUGGUUCUUUAAUAGUGGUUUUUAUUAGACAUUUAAAAUAUCUCAUAUUACAUUAGCAGCUCUAAGUGAGCCUUAUUUACCUUUAUGAAGACAUAACUGGUUCUUUGGAGUGUAAAAGUUGCAGAUCCCUGUUCUAGAGCCAUCUGGAGUGUUUGUUUCCAAAAACUCAAAAAUAAUCAAGUUUCCAAUUAAAGUUUACAUUCAUAACAGUGAGAAAGGGAAGGUUUUUUUUCUGGCAUUUAUCCCAAUCAACCAGUUGAGUUGGUGGCUUCAAGGUGUUUCUUUUCUACAGUUCUCUAAAGAUCUAUAAGGACAAAAACAUGAGCAAGUUUAAGAAUAAAUAAACUGUGAUAGCUAAAUAUAUUCUUUAUAUGUAUUAUAUAUAUUUAAAGCAGCAAGAGCAUCAAAUAAGGGCCACCAGGCAACUGAAAGAAAACAAACCUUUCAAGGCCAAAGCUUCAGAUACUUUCCAAACAAUUUUAAAAAUAUCCAGGAUAGAUUUAUUAUUUACAUGUUUUUCUGAAACAAGAAUACAGACAUAUUAGUUUACAUCCAUUGUGUUAACAAUAAAAUUCAGCUACCCUAAAAACUGUUAUUGCAGUGUAUAUGUUAAUAUUAUUAGAUUACUUUUAAAAGAACCAAAGAUAUUUCAAAAAAAACAAAAUUAAAUAAAAACAAAUGUUCAGCGUAUGUUACAUGGCUCAGCAGGAUUCAAGCAACUUUUUUGCCUUCUGUAGCGACAUCUGUGCAAAUUGUGCAGCAUUUUGGAUAAAAAAAGGAACAAAAAGGGAAACCAUCUUGAUAUUGUCACAUCACUUUAGCUAAAUGUCUAAAUAGUUAUGCAUAGCUUCUUUGUACAUAUGGAGGUGUGAUUUCCUUAGGGACUUAACAGAUACUUCACAAUAUGACAGGAAAGAAAAUAAAUUACCACUUUAGGAGGUGCAGGGUGUGCAGCAGUCACUGCCACUUUCUGGACUCGUUUCCAUUUCAACUACAGCCUAUUGGAGCCACUCAAUUUGAUGUGAUAAAUUGUAUAAGUCUGUAAUCAAUAUUUAAUUAAGUGUUCAACACAAAGCAUAUAAAUUUCAUGUUGGCUCUAAGGGAUCCCUUUUAACGGGGAAGGAAAGAGUUACUGAGGUAUAAUGCUGAGAGAGGAUUCAUUUUUCUUCUGUUGAUUGAGCACAGCAUCGUUUUCUCCCACCCCUCCUCCAUCCUUCUUGUCUGUGCUGUGAAUGACAGUCACCUCUCAGGAAAACGUCAGUAAGAUGAUGGCAUCUUGCGCUCGGCUACCCUCCAAGGAAUACGUUAUCUUCAGUCUCUAUCAUGUUAAUCAGUGUUUUACAGUAUCAUCCUUCAAGUGCCAACUGCUGCCAGGGGGGUAAUGUCUCUCCGGCAUUUCCAGUACCUUAAACAUUUAGGGAUAAACAAAGAAGCACAGCAAGAAUAACGGAAACACAGUGAAAGAGGUAAAGCAGCAAGCAAAGAGCACAUUCAGUAGAGAGCAGGUGGAUUUCUAGUUAAAGGCCAAAGAUCAACAAAUUGUAUGGCUGGAAUACCUAAAAAUGUUAAAAGAAUGAAAAAAAUAAAUUACAGUGAGCUUUUACAUUGGUUUUCCAAUGGGAUAAGUAUUUUAAAACACACUUUUAUGAAAAAAAGUAGUUUAAAACAUCUGGAAGCAUUUCUGCUUCGAUACAUUUUGCUAAGGUUUGCUAAGUCUCCAAGUUACAAACUCCCAGACAACAUUUCACCCCAUUUCCUCCUCAUAACUUUACAAAUCGGCAUACGGAUCUUCACCUUAUGAACUCACAUUCCAGCUUGAGACAUCACUCUCUCCACUUUCCCUUUGGGUGGACAUUGUGCCAUGCAGUGGCACCUGCCUUUGGCAUUAAACCAUAGCAUCAUUCAUCUUCAGCAACUUUUAACUGCAUUUUUAAUUUGUUUUUGCUUUUCUUUCAUAGUUCUCACUUUGAGAGAAUAAUAUCUAUCAUGAGCUACAAGCCUAAAUGGUGCAAUAAUGAUAAAUGGCCUUGAACCAUAACAAAGCCACCUUUUUACAGUGCCUGAUGAUGUUUUGUGAGGUCAGUUGGAACCAAGAAAAAGUACAUACAAAGACUUUUAAAGAGCAGGAAUAAAAAGGCAAUAAGGCAUGGCACAUUUUGGCAUUUAAACUCUUAACUGUACAGAAGAGUGGCGACAUGAGGAAAAACGAAUAUUUUACACAGACAUGAACAUGAAAUUCAUUAAAAGUUUUUUAAAAAAGGAUGCAAUUUGUAAAACAGUUUAAGGAUUAAAUCCUGGCUUUCAUCCUUUCGAAAUAAAGCGAAAAGACAAACUCUUAGAAACAACCUCAAGUAUUUGCUGGGAAACACUGAGUCCACAGUUUGUGAAAUGAGACACUGCUGCAGUGGCAAACUCACAUGCUGACUGCAUAUGUUGCAGAGGAAGCGCCAGAAGAACAAGAGUUAUCACCCAUCAAAAAGUGGGAAAAACAUGAACCAGGUCAGCUGUUGAUUGUCCAGUAGGGCUUUAACUGCUCCUGUGAUUGCUACAGUGAUCUUUAUCAUCAGAAAACGUCUGUUCAGAAGGUCAAAAAUAAAAACCGAGAGAGGAAA